GGUACUCCUGAAUCCAGGGCUGGUGCUUUAUCCACUGUGCCAUCUAGCUGCCCCCUCCCCCAUGCUUUUGAAUCAGAGUUGCCCCAGAAGAUACUCUCUGUUCCUCUGCCCUUUGAGCCAGGACUGAGUUACUGAUCAAUCGGCUUGGUUGCUCCAGAGGAGAGCAGAAGGCAAAGGCUGGGAAGGAGCUCACCAGCCCUGGGCAGCAUGGAGAGACUCCUUUCCUGCCAUGGACUCCGACUUCUCCAAGCCCAUUUGCAGAAGGGGCUGCAUCUGGGGGCCUCCUUAGGACUCAGGAUACCGGGGUGCUCAGGGGCCUGCCGAAGGCCUCUGACCAGGACCUUUGUGCUCUCUGGGGAGCACUCUGGCUGCCUAGCCGGCUCAGUUCCCAGGCUUUUCAAGAGCCGCCUCCGAAGGUCAGACAUCCCACGUGGCCUCUGGGCUUCGGGUGCCACAUUUAACAUGCCUCCCAGCUCCGAGUCUGUGGCCCCCUCAGUGGGCGUCUCCACCAUGAUGAGACUGCCCUUGCAAAGCUCCCCCCAAGGGCUGGAUGCCGCAUUUGUGGGAGUUCCUCUAGAUAUUGGCACCUCCAACCGCCCUGGGGCCAGGUUUGGACCUAGACGUAUCCGGGAGGAAUCCUUGUUGCUGAGGACAGUUAACCCAAGCACAGGUGCUCUCCCCUUCCAUUCCCUCAUGGUGGCUGACAUCGGUGAUGUGAGUGUCAACCUCUACAACCUUCUGGACAGCUGCAGGCUCAUUCGAGAAGCCUAUCAGAAAAUUGCAGCAGCGAGCUGUAUUCCUCUUACCUUGGGAGGAGAUCACACAAUCACUUACCCCAUACUGCAAGCGCUGGCAGAAAAGCAUGGCCCUGUUGGGCUGUUACACGUUGAUGCCCACACAGAUACAGCCGACAAGGCCUUGGGAGAGAAGCUCUGCCAUAGGACCCCCUUUCGCCGCUGCAUAGAAGAAGGCCUCCUGGACUGCAAACGAGUGGUGCAGAUAGGCAUCCGUGGCCCUUCCACGUCCAUGAAUCCUUACAAAUACAACCGAGACCAGGGCUUCCGUGUAGUCCUGGCUGAAGAUUGCUGGCUGAAGUCGCUAGUUCCACUGAUGGGGGAAGUGAGGCAGCAGAUGGGAGACAAGCCUAUCUACAUUAGCUUUGAUAUCGAUGCCUUGGAUCCAGCCUAUGCCCCAGGGACAGGGACUCCUGAGAUUGCUGGCCUCACACCAAGUCAAGCCUUGGAAAUUAUCCGUGGAUGUCAAGGCCUGAACGUGGUGGGCUGUGACCUUGUGGAAGUCUCACCCAUGUAUGAUCCUUCUGGAAACACGGCUCUCCUGGCAGCCAAUCUGUUGUUUGAGAUGCUCUGUGUUCUUCCCAAAGUGAAAACUGCCUGAGCUCUUGGCCUCGGUGCUUCUCAAACGGAUGCUCCUCACACAGAUGGACUGGGCACAGGGCACACGAGCCUGGCAAGCAGCCUAGCUGAGCACCCACAGCACCAAGCACACUGGACAAGAUUUUGCCAAGCCAUGAUUUUCUGCUAAAUGUGUCUGAAGUAUCUUAAGAAAUGGAAAAAUAAAAACUAUCAUCGAUAUAAAA